GGCACGUGAGGGAGAUGGGCAAGGCAGGACAGGUAAGGGCGUGUCCUGCCGGCGUGCGGGCGGAGGGCGUGGCUCAAGGUUAUAGACGGGUGGUACAAAAGGACAGCCCGCCACCCUCGCUCUUCACUCGUCCUCUGCCGUCGUCAUGAAGUCCUUGGUGCUGCUGUCCCUCAUGGUGUCCUCCGUCCUCGGAGGCACCACUCUCCUCCAGUACCCACUCGGUCCCGCUGCCAUCGCUUACUCCAGCCUCACCCACGGCGUUCCUAACGUCGAAGCCACUGGAGACGUGGUGCAGACCCACGCUGUCAAGGCCCUGGGUCGCCCCGUGGUGACCUACACUCCCCAGGUGACUGAAGUCCGCCCUGAGCUCAAGAUCUACGAGAAGACAUACGACGUGUCCGUGCCCAAGCCUGUGUACCAGACCCAGCACGUCACCCCCGUGCACCACAAGUACGUGGCUCAGCCCUACGCCGUGCCCCAGCCUUACGCCGUACCUCAGCCCUAUGCUGUGCCUCAGCCCUACCAUGUGCACCACCAUGUUGCCGCCGUGCCCGGUGUGCACGCCGUGCCUGCCGUGCACGCCGUGGUAAGCGCCUAAUUGUGACAGAAGACGACGACGUACCCAAAAGUUUUCUCCCAUGACAAUGUAGCACGUCCGUGACAUACACCUGGCCAUAGCUUUGUAAUUUUGACUCAGACACUGAAUAAAUGUUCGUUUUUUGUU